AUGCCGAUUUAUCUGAGUAUGCAACGGGUCCGCUUCUCCAGCCCGGACGCGUACGAAAAGUUCAAGGUCCUCUUCGCCGACACUCGGCGCCACCUCAUGAAACUCCCGGGCUUCUUGCAUCUGACCUGGUGGGAGCAUCCGGACGACCGAGGCUGGUACAACGAGUGCAGCUUCUGGACCAGCCGGGGGGCCCUGUACGACUGGCACAAAGACACCUACCACAAGUACUGCAAGACCUGGGCGGCCAACGGGGCCAUCAUGGAGGACAUCAUCACCAACUUCGAACUCGUCGGCACCCGCUUGCUACGCGUGUGCCCCGUUUGCAACAUGACGCAGGACAAAAAAUACGACCUGGCCCAGGAGCAGGCGGUCCUGCACGAGCAGUGCCCACAGUGCGGGUUUCACUUCCCGGUUCUGGAAGAAACGCCAUCGAGCUUCGCAGUGUUCAAGGACGUCGUGGUCGCUCCGAAGGAAGGUGAAACAGCACAGGGAGCGGAGAACGGACAUUGA